AUGGCGCCGGCCGCCUUUUCGCUUUCCAACUGCACAGCAGGAUCCAAGGACAUGGCAAACCAGAAUCUGUCUCAUGACAACUCGUCUAUGGAAAUGUCGACCGAAGACUUAGUGGCCUUGAAACGGCAGCAGCCUCGUUGUGGGUCUCCCACCUCCAAAUACAUGUCGGCAAACCUUCCGUCGAAGCUGGUGCCCUUGACGUCUUUGGCAGACGACUCAUCAUUGGCCAUGUCUCUGUCGUUGAUGUCCCUGUCGACUUCGGAUUCUUUAGCAAAGCCUGAAAGUGGGAAGCAGUCCCGACCUCCGCGGUCAGCUCUGAACAUGUUUCUUCCGGCGUCUUCCAAAGUCGACCCCGACGCACCGCCCAAGUUUAUAAAGAGACGGCCAAAGACUUCUUGCCUCUUGAAGAUUCCCAGACCCAAGAAACGUCCGGCAUUGAGCACGGCCAAGGCCAACGUGUCGCCGGACCCGGCUGCCAGCGGGUCUGCGGAUAACCCUGCAGCAGGCGAGACCGAACAGCCUGAAGCCCCGCCGCUCCGAAAGGCCGCCUUCACCUUUCCCCCGGGUUUCCUGAAGAUGGUCGGGCCUGAUCUGCCAGCACAAACGGCACAGGCUCAGAGCAUUGCAAAGGAGCCAGCCACAGCGACAACUGUCUCAGAAUUGGAGACUGCUCCAGAGGUGGCAAAGACACCGGUGGCUAUCAAAGAGCCGGAGAAAGCUGCGUAUUCAGCAAACGUCGAUGAGGCUGCAAACGUUUCGGGACUGGCUGAGAUUGUACAAGAACCAGACGCUGGGCGUGCAACGAUGAUGGAACAGCCAGAGUCACAAGAGAUCACAGAGAAUCCAGACACAGGCACCGGAGCCGCCUCAUUCACUAUGCCGCCAAAACGGGUCGCUUCCAUUUUCGCGCCUGGCUGUUUGACGAUUCUUCCUCCAGGACCGCCAACUGGAUUGUCGGAGGUCAAGCAAGCAGAAGCCAAGCCAGCCAAAGACAAGGACGUGGCAGAAGCUCCGAAGCCACCGCCCAAGAGGACACGCAUUUUUGCACCGGGCUGUCCAAAUAUCACUACGCCAGAACGCCCUCCGGAGUUGAAGCCAACUGCCCCGACAGCUGUUGUUGCGCAGCCACAGCAGCCGCAGCCGCGAAAGGCUGCCGUCACCUUCGCUCCCGGAUGUCUGAAGAUUGUACCAGUAUCCAGCCCUGCAAAAGCCGAGAGCGCCGGCGUCAAGCUGUCACCGCCAACGACUGCCUCGACACCCAAUGUCCCUCCUAUGUGUGUGAACAUGGCCGUCUUGGACCGGCAGAAUGCAGCCUCGGGCUCUGACAAGGAGAACAUGGCUCCGGCGUCCAAGAGGGUCUGGAAGACGGCAUCAUCGGGUUACGUCGCCAAGAAAACAGAGAAGCCUGCGGUGAAGGUGUUGGCGGACAAGGAGGUCGCUACACCAGAGUCUGCGAAGCCAAAACGGCAAUCGACAACCGCGGGCGUGGGAAAGGAGAAUGCCAACCCCAAGCUGGCAGCGAAGACAUCUGCGGACAAGGUUGCGGUACGCCGGGUGUCUCGGCCAUGGACUUUGAAGAAGCAGUCCCUCCUGUCGGAGGCAGACAAGCCCGAGACGCCGGCAGAGGCGCCGGCAGAGCGGUCUUCCGAGCGGCCGGCUCUCGCAGUCAAAGCGGUGCAGCAGUCGAAGAGCGUGCAGGCGGAUCAAGCGAAGCCGACCAGGACGACAAAGCCAGACAAGGCAGUCCCAUCGGUUUCUCGCCAGUUCUGCGUCUGGCGAGACGGCAAGGAGCAGCCGCAGGACCAGCAGAGACGAGAACGGGACUGGAUCUGCCCCAGCACACUGCCCGACCCUCUCUUCACCGUUCCCGACACCAUGACUGUGCAGCACAAGCCGCCGGGACGCGGUUUUGUGGCCCUUGUUAGGAGAAUGCAGCUGCUUACCAUUCAUGACCAAGACACAGGCAUAGUAGGACCUACCCAAGUGAACGGAGACGCCAAGGCGGCCGCUGCAGCGAGCAACCCGUUUGCGGCCGCUUUUCAACAACAGCAACAACAGCAACAACAGCAACAGAUACCACCACCAGCAUUCGCCAACCCGUUUGCGGCGAAAGCGCCGAGUCAGCUCGCAGCUGCAUCCUCGGCCCCCUCGAUCUUUGCCCGCGGAGGCUCGCCGGUGACGACAGAUUCUGCGGCCGCAGUCAACCCGUUCCAGGCGGCGCUGAAGAAGACGCCUGCUUUUGGACAGACAUCGAGCCAAUCACAGGCUGUGCCUACUUUUGGGCUCACAAGCCAGACACAAGCUGCACCUGCAUUUGGGCAUACAAGCCAGACGCUGGCCAGCAACCCGUUCCAGAAAGCGGCGACACAACCGGCAGCCGUGUUUUCCGGCGCGCCAAAGACCAACGGCACGACCUCGACGACAUUCGGCCAGGCCAAAAAGACGGUGCACUUUGACGUCCAAGAAACGCCAUUGACCCAGCCGCAGACCGAAUAUGCCAGACGGAUCUAUGUACAACUGGAAAAGGACAAGAUCCGGCCUCCACAAUGGCCGACAGACGCGGGCGAUCCGGCGAAGCGUAGCGUGAUGGAGACGUUCCGCGAGAGCUACAAGAAGUACCGAGAACGGGUACGAGCAUCGCUGGUCAAGGGAGGGCUGAUUGACGAUCCGGACGUGCGUAAGCGACUGGACGAGGCGAUCGACUUUAAGGGCAUCUGCGAGGAGAUGUGUCCCGAGUUUGAAAAGAUGAGCCGGAUGGUGCAGUACGACGUGAAGAUGGCGGAGAAGACCGAGGGCCCAGACGGAACGAUGUGGGCGGCACCAGAGCUGAUGGUGAAGGCGCUGGCACGAUCGGCCGCCGGCCAAGAGGCGCCGCUGCCGAUGGAUGUGCGGUCGGUGGGAGCGCUGAAGCGAACGCUGGACUACCUGGUAGACACAGUGCUGGGCGACGACAGCCGGCUAGCGACGACGCACAACUUUCUCUGGGACCGGACGCGGGCGAUCCGACGCGACUUUGUCUUCCAUUCAAGCAUGACGGCGUCCGAGAUGGGCGAGCAGGUGUAUUGUCUCGAGACGAUCACGCGGUUCCACGCGACGGCGCUGCACCAGCUCUCGCGGCGCGGGUUCGCAGCCGAGGACUUUUCGGAGCAGCAGGAGCGCGAGCAGCUCGGCAAGGCGCUGUUGUCGCUGAUGCAGGCAUAUGACGACUGCCGGGAGCGUGAGGUCACGUGCUCCCAUGAAGCGGAGUUCCGGGCGUAUUUUGUGCUGCUCAACGCGCACGACCCGGACUUCCAGCACAAGGUGACGGAAUGGGGUGCCGGGCUAUGGCGCGGUUCGGACGAGAUCCAGACGGCCCUGACGCUGGUCGAGGCCAUGCAGAGCGUGUGGGACUGGCGUGGUCCGGUGCGGCCGGCGAUGCCGACGACGCUGGCCCUCGGUGCCGGCUCCGUCUUUUUCCGCAUCGUCGCCAGCGCCCAGGUGUCGUACACGAUGGCCUGUCUGGCCGAGAUUCAUUUUGUGCACGUGAGGCGUGGCAUCCUGCGCAACGUCGUGCGGGCAUAUGCGCGCACGCGCGACAGUCCGCGCGACCUGACCGUGGCCGUGCUCAACGAGAUGCUCUGGUUCGACAGCGACGACGAGGCCCGUGAGUUUGUCACGGCACACGGGCUGUCCUUUUCGGCCGGCGCCGGCGCCUCGGACCCCCCACACCUCCUGCUGCAGGACCGCACCGGGGCGGCAACCCAAGUUGGCAGCCCGACGGUGCGGCAAUCCUUCUCGCAUAAGUUGGUGGAGCGGAAGCGUGGAGGCCGGUCGCUGCCGGAGCUGAUCCACACGACCGUGCUUGAGGAGGGGGGGGUCGAGGAUGUUGGCGGCAGCAUGGACAUCAACGAUACCAGCAACGACACCAACUCCAUCUUUGUCGAUCAGUCGCCCACACCCCCAUCGACCGAGGACUCGGCAUCGGUUUUGGCUCCGUUUGCGACCGCUUCAACUCCUUUUGCGGUUUCGUCGACUCCCUUUGGGACCACCCCAACGAAACCAGUCGCAUCCGUGUUUGCUCCCAAACCUGUCUCCGCGCCCUCCAUCUUUGGUGCAGCCGCCUCUCCAUUUGCCACGAACAAUAGCGGCUCACAGACUGCUCCAUCGCCCUUCCAGAGCAAUCUUCCACCACCGCCUGCUGCACGCUCCACGACACCAACGGGAUCGCCGACUCGCCCGACAGAGCCGGCCAUGCCGCCGAGAAGCAUCUUUGACCAGCUGCCAGCACAGCCAGCCAGCACGCUGUUCUCACAGGCUCCACCCAAGCCUGAAGCACCCGCACCAGCAACAGUCUUCCAGCCGGCCCCAACACCAGCCCCGGCCUCAUCGUUCUCAUCCCUCUUCCCGUCUGCCGUCACCAACACAACAGCGAUGACAGCCCCGACAGCCCCGACAGCCGCACCGGCCGCUCAUUUUCCGACAAAGACAGCAGAAGACGUCCCGAAUCAGGCGUCAAAAUCCACAACCCCAGAGGCGACGCCGCCAAGCAGCUUCAUGUCGGCACCCAAGCUUCCACCACCACAGACGUCUGUAGCUCCGACAGCUCCGACAGCUCCCACGGCACCGGCCCCUGUCAUGGACCCGCUUGGCGACUUCACGAAGUGGUUCGUCCUCGGCGACGAUGGCAUGCUGGACGAGUUCAAGGAGGCCCUGGUGGAGCACCUGGUGCGACAGACGGUGGAGCAGUAUCGGCGAGACGAGGAAGAGCGACAACGACAGGAAGAAGACGCGCAGUCGUGGGUGGAGGCGCUGCGCUUCAAGAAGUACAACCUGCGGGUCAAGUUCUUCUACCGGUGGCGUGACACGGCGCGCGAGCGGGCGCUGGACCGACGAGCACGACAGUCCCGCGACCAGAUGAAGGCGUACCAGGAGGCGAAGCGGGCGGAGCAACGAGCAGCAGCAGAGAAGGCAGCGGCCGAGAAGCGCGAGCGAGCAGCCGAGGCGCGGCGGAGGAGCAGCCGAGAAGUCAAGUUCCUCGAGGAGCUCGGCUACUAUAGCGAGAUGGCAGCGAGCUCGAGAAAGCGAAAGGCAGUAGCAGCUGGCGAAGGGGUGACCGAACCGGAAGCGACCAGACACGACGGCGCAGACGCGCUGCUGGCCACCGGCGUCCUCCGUGGCGUCCACGACGAGCAGGCGGCUGCAUCCCGGGUCGUCCGAGAGGCCUCGGCCCUGAUGCUGGGCAAGCGAGGCCGCACCAGUCUCGACAGUGUCCACAGCAUCGGCAGCAUCGGCAGCAGCGACAGUCUGGACGAUGCCGACAGCACCGGCGACAGCAUCCACGACACGGCCAACGAGACGGCCAACGAUGCCGGCAGCAUCCGCAGCGUGCGCAGCAACCGAAGCGACCGGAGCCGCGACGACGGCAGCAGCAAGUUUGUCUACUACCGUCGGUCGGUGCCGGGUCGCGGCCGUGUCCAGAGCAUCUUCACGCGCGUGACGCCACGGGCCGUCGAGAAAGACAGGACGGGCAGGGGCCUGUCGCCGUCACCGUCGUCGGCGGGUCGGAAGCCGGGCAAGAUGACCAACUUUAUGCGGUACGACAACAAAAAGCGGUGGUCAUGGUCGUCAUCGAUGCCGCCGGGUGGUCGUGGAAGUGGCGAUCGAGGCAGCCCCACGCCGUCCCAGUCGCUCUCGCAGUCGCAGUCUUUCUCCAUGUCGACCAGUGCUGCCGGCACGGCCACCGGCCUCGGCUUAGGGUCCGGAUCCGGAUCCGGGUCCAGGGUUCGGUCGAGCUACUGGCGGCUGCGCGCCAUGGGACUCGUCCAGAUGCCCAACGGCCAGUACCUGCACGAGUCGCUGGCUCUGCCAAUGCUGCAGGACGGCCGGCGAUUCCGCGGCGUCGGCAGCUACGGCAUGCCGUCCGUCCCGCCGGUGCCCACACCCUCCUGGGACGACGACGGGAAAGGCCGGAGCAGCAGCCGCCGGCGCAGCGAAGACGACCCACCACUACCGCCUCCAGCCGCCAAAAAGGCCAGGACCCAGGACGGGAUCCCCGCCACAGAAGCAGGACCGACAACAGCUGCAACAGCUGCCACAGCAUCCACGGCGCUCGAUCUGCACGAAACCGAGCGGGUCAUCCGCGAGAUGCGCGAGCUGGCCGACGCCAUGGACCAGGACCGCGACUGGUUCCGGGAACAGACGGAACUACUCCAAAAAGGAACGUCCGUAUGGGACCAGUAG